AUGAAGAAAGGUAGAUCUCAAAAAAGUAAUGGCUCUUUAAUAUCUUCGAGAUCUUUGGCAAAACAGAAUACAAAUAAUAUGGUGGAUACCAUAGUUACACCAAAAUCAGAUUUAAACUUUAUUAAAAAAUUUAAAUUUUCAUCUGUGAAAGAAAAAGUGAUUGACUUUUCUGUAUUUUUUUUAAUAGGUUUUGUUCUUAUUUUGAUUAUAAUAUUAAAAGCUGGUGAGGAGCAAUACAACAUAAAUGGAAUGGUUAAUAAAAGUGAAACACAUCUUGAUUACUAUGAUAUACUAGGAGUAUCAAAGAAGGCAACAAAUAUGGAGAUUAGGAAGUCAUUUAGAAAAUUGAGUUUGAGAUGGCACCCAGAUAAAAAUCAUGGUUGUGAACCUUGCCUGGAAAAAUUUCGUGAAAUAUCUAAGGCAUAUGAAGUACUUGGAGAUGCAGAUAAACGAUCUAUUUAUGAUAGUAAUUAUGGAGGGAAAAUAGAAGUUAUUCCUUCUGAGGCUGUAACUUUAACUAGUGAGAAUUUCCAUACUUUAGUUAGAUCUCAGAAUAAAGAAUCAUGGGUAAUUCAAGUUUAUACAGAUAAAGAUGAACUGUGCCACUACUUUUCACCAAUAUGGGAGGAAUCUAUUGAGAAAAUGGGAAAUUAUUAUAGAUUUGGACGUAUAAAUGCACAUAAAGAGAAAAGUUUACUGAAAUAUCUUCCAUUAAAUGUAAAAGUAUUUCCUGCAAUUUUUAUAUUAACAAAUGGGUAUCAGUAUGAAAUGUACUCUCAGAUUCUUGAUUCUACAGUUGAGAGUUUCACAGAUUUUUUAUUUGACUCCUUUCCUCAAACUUUACAUAUAAUAACAUGCCAAAAGAGUGCCUAUAAUUGGCUCAUCAAAAAAUCACAGGAAAAUUAUAGAGGUAAAAUUAUUUAUAUUUCUGAAAAACAGGAACCUUCACUUAUUAUCAAGUCUGUAGCCUUAAAAUGGAGUACUAUUUUUGAUUUUGCCUUUGUAUCUACGAAGAUCGGAAGGGAUUUUCUAAAAAGUUGGAAUGUGGAUAUUAAAGGACCCACUUUAGCUUUAUUUCCAGCAAUAAAUUCAAAUAUUAAAGUGAAUGAAGUGUCAUCUAUAUUUCAUUUAUCGGUAAAUAAUAAAGAAAUCGAUCAGUUUUUGAAGCAAAGUGAAAAAAUUAGUGAAGAAAAGAAUAAUUUAUUUGAAAGCCCACAAUUAUUAUCUCUAAAAAUAGAAUCUUCUUUAUAUAUAAUUCAGCAGCACUAUUAUCCAUUUUUAGAUGCCGAAAAUGUUCAAUUUCUUUGCGAAUCUAAUAUUUUGAAUAGAAUAAUUUGCUUAGUUAUAAUUCAUGAGGAAUAUAACCAGAGUGAUGAUGAAUUAGAUAAAAUGAAGUUGGAAGUAUUGGAACCUUUAGAAAACUCCAGAAAACGUUAUCAAAGAGCAAUGGCGAAUCAAAAAAGUAGAAAUUCUCAUGAAGAAACUAAUAACUCAAAUUCUGAAGAAUUUGACGAAUAUUUUGGUGAGUCAGAAGUUUUUGAAGAUGAGGAGCUAUUCAUUCAACCAGUACAACUAUCUAUAUCAAGUUAUAAAAAUAAGGUUGGGUCAAUGAAGAAAAUUGCAGAUUUUAUGGAGUUUUGGAAAACUAAUUUAAGGAGUAGUCAUAUAUUUUUACUAGACGUUGAGGGUGAUAGGUAUGCAAUUAUUAAUGAAACUAAGCACUUAUAUGAAAAAUUUACACAAGAUGAAAUCUUUUGGAUGCGUCUACCUUUAAAAUGUACUACUUUCCACGAAAAAGAGUUUUACUCAAAUUGUCUUUUUAAUAGCUCAGCUCAUGGAUAUUCUAUUUCAUCUCUCUUUAGAUAUAAGAUUUCUUUCAAAUCUAUUAUUGCAACUGUUUUGAUAAUUACUGUCUCUUCAUAUUUACUUUCAUCAAUAUCGACACAACAAAAGUUGGGGUUACUUGUAAUAUUUCCAAUUUUAAUUGCAGUAUUUUCACAUCCAUCAUUGGAUAUACUUUGGAAUUUAUUUUAUUAA